AUGAAGAAGAGAUUCGAAGAUCGAUCUCACCAGAAGAAGACAGCUGAUUUUCGUGGCCGUCUUAAUGCCUUCAAUCAUGAAAUGAGCCCUGACCAACUGGAACUUCCACAACUUGAUGUUUCUUCUCUCCGACUGUCUGGGGCCUUCACCCACCUGCUGGCUUUAGCUCGGACCGGAAUUCCUCUAGCAGUUGCAAUGCCUGAAUUGGUACCUUUAGGUCCCGUGCCCUCAGCCUGCCCCUACUUUGCCACCUACAUCGUUUUUGCCCGACAGCGAGGCCAUGUAGCCAGACUGACCUCCAAGGUCUAUCAGAUUCAGCGACGUCUGAUUGACUUACUUCACGAUUCCACCACCACUCGUCUCGAGGACGGCUGGUCCGACGGUUUCCAUCACGACUGGUCCAACCAACUGACUCAAUUCCGCGACCUGGUGCUCCGUCGUCACUGUCUGACAGACCGACUGUCCGACCUCCAGACAGAGCUGGCCGACUUGGUACUCUGGGCACGAGGCGUCGACAGAGCUGAACGCCUCGGCCCCUUGCCAAGUGAUCCGGAUCAGAUCGGUCGUCAACGCGGCCAGAUAACCAAACUCAACAGAUGCCUUGGUUCCGUUGAUAAGCAGCUCGCUGAAUUAACGGCCAUUCGGGAGCCGGAACUUCGACGCCUUCAGGCGAUUGUUGAUGAUCAAGACGCAUGGCCUCGCAUUCUGUCGAAGGACCUCAAUGCAUUCAAAGAUGAGUUGGCUCAUUUGGAC